AAGAAACUGCAUAGUUCGUGUCUGUUCGUGUCUGAACGCAUUACAUGAUAUUGUGGCCUCGUGAUAAUUCAAGGAUUUACUUUCAACAAUUGACAUUUCAACACCGGUUCAAAAUGCCUGUCAAUUCGCUAGGAGUUAAUAUAAUGUAUACCACCGACCAAGAUAUCAAAUAUUUGCUGGAGGCUGAAGAAGACUACAGUGUAGAGUUUAUAGGGUACCUGGCAGAAAUUUUUGGCGUGUCUAAAGUUGGAGAAAAAAAUGACAAGGACUUAUUUCGGGCAGUAAUUACUAAUGGCUCCAAGAGAUUAUUUUUAUUAAUCUGGGGCCUCGAGGUCAUUGAUAAAUUUCAAGGAUUUUUCAUUACUGGACAAAUAUUACAUUUGGAUGCUUGCGAAGGCCACGUUGUACGCACUAAAAGAAUUCAUAAGGAGUUUAAUUUGGUUAACUAUGAAAUAAUAAUUCAGAAAGGUUCCAAAAUAUCAACGUGUGGUUUUCAUGUUGUUGAAAAAAUUACAAAACCAGUUGCAACUAUUCCUGUUAUUCCAUUUUCUGAUUUGAUUAAGAAUAGAGGCGAAAUUAAAGUCAAAGCCUUUAUGAAAACAGUGAUCACGCCUGCUUAUAACAAAGAAGGGAUUUUAAAAUUUGGCACUGGCACUAUUACUGAUGGAAUCCAUAAAGUUCCUCUCACAGUCAAUUCUUUUAAACUAGAAGAUUCAAAUAAAUUAGCAAAAGGAAUGCCUGUCAUGGUUACAGCGAACGUAUACCACAAUGGAAAUACACGUCUCCAGUGUCGCAACAUGUCUUGUAUAGAAAUACUAGAGAAAGAAGACAAACUGGAUGAAGCUAUAGUUGCGCACGCAAAUAAACCUUUGAAGAGGUGUGAUUCAACGGCUACUAAUAAUUCUACCCUACUAUUAAAUAAGAAACAACGUCUUGUAGAAAUUCAAAAUUUGUCAAACUUAUCAAUGGAAGUUGAGCGCAAAAAGAAUGAGUAGUUUAUUUAUUUUCAAUUAAUGUUUAGCAAAAAAAAAUAAGAAAAAAAGUUACGUUCUAUUUAAUAUUUAUUUAAAAUGUAAGUGGACCAUUAAGAAAAAAUGUUAACUUACUUCCCUUCGAUAAUUCUUUUUUCGUAAAGACUAUAUUUCAAAUUUGCUUUUGAUUUUGAUUCUAUAAAAAAAUUUUAUACUAAGUCUAUUGUAGCUUAAUAUUUAUUUUUAAAAUACAUACUACUAACAGGAGGAUAGCUAUAUAUAAUGACUGAUAUAAAUAAGGAAGCGCUAAAGAUUAUAUAAUGACUGAUAUAAAUAAGGAAGUGCCAAAGUUUAGUACACAAAAUAAUGAAGAAAAAUGUAU